AUGGCCAAGCAUCCUCCUGUCGCAUUUCUGUUUGUGCUGUUGGGCACAGGCGUUUACUUCUUUGUGAUUGCCUGGUAUUCUUUGUCUGCGGGACCAUCUUCCUCGUUUUCUCAUGUGGACAACAACAAUAAUUGUGAUCAUCCCAUGCACAAAAUAAAAGCGUCUUUUACAUCAUCUAGUACUGGUAGCAGUUUCAAUACCAAGCAGAACCAAGAUGAUGAAACUGAAAAUGACAAAAAGAAGGAUUCUACUACUACUACGACUACCGUUAGUAGUACUAGUAGUCUGAAGAAGAAUCAAGGGAUGAGAUCGAUGGACGAGUUUUCGUUUGACGAUGCGUGGUGGCUGGAAGAAAAGGAAGUCAGAGGUUGGUUCGAGCGCACAUAUCAUCAAGAUGCCCAGUUUGACAAAAGUCAAGUCCGCGAUUUGUUUCACUUGGAACGCAAACAAAACAAAAAUCAAAAACAGGGCGGAUCCUUGAAGAAUCACUUUCAUCCCAUUUGUGGAAACUACAACUUUAAUCUCACGCUGCUGCCGACCGUCAGUGUGAUAAUGACCACGCAAAAUGAAGAACCGGGGUGGAUGGAAAAAAGCGUCCAUUCCAUAUUGGCACGCACGCCUCCUCAGUUGCUGCAACAAAUUCUGGUAGUGGAUGACAAUGGCAAUGAUCCCAAGGAUCCCUCCUUGCGAGCCGUGUCUCCGGCAUUGGAAGAAGAAAUGACACGCUUGAAGCAAAUUCCCAAAGUGACCGUACUCCAAAAUACACUCCGACAAGGAUGUGCCCGAUCUCGACUGGUGGGUGCCAGAGCUGCUACCGGUGAUGUUGUGGUCUUUGUCGAUUCCCACAUUGAAAUGAUUCACUCCACGUGGUAUCAACAUCUCGUAUUACCCAUUCUACAACAACCCAAUACCAUGGCGGUGCAGACCAUUGAAGUCAUUUCCGACGAUGGCAGCGAAGCUUAUUGGAUUCCGGGAUCGCCCGCGUAUGGUGUCUUUGAUAAGGAAGUCAUUUUUCGAUGGCUCCAAUCGGGAUUUGAUACGUGGGGACAACCGCGGACCGAUAAAGAUGGAAAACCCCGACCGCAUCCCAAAUAUCCCGAAACACCCAGUCAUCGUCAUUGGUAUGAAACACCGGUAGGACCCGGUGCCAUGUUUGCCAUGAGUCGUCAUGCGUUUUGGCGCGUCGGUGGAUACGAUACCGGAUUGUACGUGUGGGGUGGAGAGAAUAUUGAACUCGCACUCAAGACGUGGAUGUGUGGAGGACGGGUCGUCAUGGUCCCUUGUAGUCGCUGCGGCCAUUUGUUUCGACAAGAACGACUCAAGAGCAAAGACAAGACCAAAAAGAAUUGGCCUCCGGUGGUGCCGUUUGCGACGCAAAAUGCGUCCGGUAUACUCAAUUAUCCCUCCAAAAAUGCCACCACGAGUCGAUGGAAAGGAGGAUCGGAUUUUCACAAAAUUACGACUCGCAAUUCGAUAAGGGUCGUCGAAAUGUGGGUGGGAGAUCAUCCCGCACGAGACAAGUUCUAUCAAACAGCGUUUGCUUUGUCGCGAGACCAAAUGCCACCGGAAUGGAAACAGUACAUUGAUGAAAUGAACACGGAUCCGGCAUUGUUGGAACAACAACGAUUGAAACGCGAGAAUAAGUGUCACGAUUUUGAAUGGUAUACCCGCAAUGUCCUUAUGAAAGUGGUGGGGAAAUCGCAUCCGUGGGCCAUUACGGAUCCACCCAAGGCUACUGUGCCACCGGGGGUUACUACAACUGCUCCACGGGGUAUCACCGACAAGGAACAGAAAGAAUGGGCCGAAAAGCUCGAUCAAAUCAACCAGAAAGAAAAAGCCAAACACGAAAAAAAAGCCAACAAUCAGAAAGGAAAAAAUAAUGAGAAAAAGGCAAACUAG